AUGCACAUCCUUUACAGCUUGGAGAUACCUUCCGCGUCUAGCACGAGAAAGAUACGCGAUGACAUAGGCAUCGGUAUUUCCCCAGUCGAAGACGGAGGUCCAUCGUUUGAGCUCAACGUUCCUGGCGGCAAGACGGUCUGGCAACGACGCAGCCCAUUCCUCGUUGGCGACUAUGCAGAGAACAGUGUCGGCACCAGCGAGUUCGCACAGACGGUGGCUGCAUUGGCGAAUGAGGACCCGCCCUUCUUCCAUAGCGACUCAACGUCUAUAUCGGCGACCAGCCGGCCGGCAGGGCUCGGUGCGGUGGAUCGAAUACAUGAAACACUCCACAACACAGAGCAAACCCACGGCGGAUUUGAAUCGGGAUGGCAGGAAUCUUACGCGGUCCGGGUACACGACACGACAAGCAUCCUGCCCCCCGUAUCCGCGCGCUACUGGCCCUCACCUAUCUUGGGCCAGGAGGGCGAGGAAGAUCCCAAACUCGACACUAGGAUUCGCCGUUGCAUAUCGGCGAAAGGCGGUACUACGCACCGAAAGUUGGUAUCAUGGGCAUGGAUGAAAGGCUUGUUGAUGCGCCCGGCGUCGACGACCUCUCUUGCGAGAUGGUUCAGCGAUGGUGGUCGGAGAGGAUUGAUGUAUGCCUCUCGUGAUCUUCAUUAG